AGCGCCCUCUCUUGCUCUCCACCCCCACCACGCCCGGCAGUGCCCUCCAUGUCAGCGCCCUCCGCCUCGCAGCGCCUCCGGCUGCACGGCGCCCUCUUCGGCGCGGCCGCCGGCGACGCCCUGGGCCUGUACACCGAGUUCAUGGACCGCGCGUACGCCCGCCAAGUCUACGGCCACGCGCCGCGCUUCUCCCUGCUCGCGAACCGCACCGCGGCGCCGCCGCAGGUGAAGCAGGAUCGCCAUCGCAUGCAGUUUCCCCUUUCGGGCUGGACCGAUGAUCGUCUGCCUCUCGACUACGGCAUGACCUUCUCCUCCGUCGUCCGUUCUCUCGGCUACAAACGUGAUCCGUCUGGCAUCGCGCGCCGCAAGUGGGAGAGCGGCGGCCGGCGCAACGCGGCAAACGGCGCCGUGAUGCGCACGAGUGUCGUCGGUGCUCUGCGCUUCGCCGACACGAGCGCGGCGAUACGCGAUGCAAUUGCCCUCGCCCAGCUCACGCAUGCCGAUCCGCGCUGUCUCGUCUCGUGCGCCAUUGUCAGCGCCCUCGUGGCGCACAGUGUGCGCGGCGAGCCGCAGCGCCUCGACGUCGAGGCCAUCAUGCAGCGCGCCGUGCGCGAGGCCGAGGCACAGCACGUGCAACUCGAUGUGCCGACGCUGCAGGAGCUGCAGAGGCACACUGCCGCCGAGGUGACACUCGAGAGUCUGCAGCUCGACGACUCCUGGGCGAUGGGCUACACUUUCAAGACCCUCGGCGCAGCGAUCUGGGCCUUGCGCGAGCUUCUCCGUCUCGGCGUCAAGGCGGACAGCAUCGAGACGAUCCUCACGCGCCUCGUCAUGCAGGCCGGCGACGCAGACACAAACGCCACCGUCGCCGGGGCGCUUCUGGGCGCGUAUGCGGGCGUGCAGCAUCUGCCGCGCGACUGGCUCGACGGGCUGCGCGACGGCGCAUGGCUGCACGAGAAGGCAGAGCAGCUCUGUGCACGCCUGGAUGCGAGCGUCGCGUUUGCCGCCACGCCGGAUCUGCAGCUCGACGGCGGCAAGGCCUUCCUCACGAGCGAGCAGAGAGGGGAGAGAGAGAGGGCGCUGCAGGCACGGCUCGAUCUGCUCUAGUUCCUUCGUAAUCACAUGUGAUUUCAGCGC